AUGUCGGGCUUCUCGUUCCCUCCUCCUCCACCGCCUCCGCCGCCCGCACAGCCCUCACAGCCGACGUAUAACAACUCGUCGAGAGGCGGAGGCGGAGGCGGACGAGGGAACUCUCACCAUCGAGGACGUGGCAGAGGCAAUGGACCUCGACGGGGCGGCCGAGGUGGUGGAUAUGGCGGUGAUAUGAACGCUUCAUGGGGGUACACACCACCGCACCAGCACCAGCCGCAGCACCUACCAAUGCAUCCUAACCAGGGAGCAUAUGCAUAUGGGCCACUACCGGGCUAUGGGGGGCCACACGCACCAGCACCACCACCGGCACCAGCACCGGCACCUCCUCCGCAAACGAUGCAUUUUGGUCCACCGCAGGGGGGAUAUCUACCUCCAGCACCAGCAUAUGCAGACUCCAGGGCCUGGACCUUUAACCCAAAGCAAACCUACACUGCUCCGGCGUAUCAACGACCACAUCAGAAGCAUACGCAUACACAGGCACCAACACAUCGACCACCCAAACGACAACACGACACGGCCUUCACCACCGCACCACUGCCAGUGCCGAGUUUCAACACGCUCCCUUCCAAACCACCGCCAGUCCAAGCUCAGACGAAAGGUCAAGCGAACCCCGCGCGACCCCGCAAGCAGCGCAAACACAACCAGCUAGGCCUGACGCCCAAGACGGAAGAGCAUGAGUCGAGCGAGUCUGAGGCUGAAGAUGUGGACGAAGAAGCUAAGCUUGCGGGGCUGCUGACCAAGGGAGAGCUGAAGUUCAGCUACCGGGGGCGAACGUCUACGCUAGGCUCUACGGCAGAAGUACAGGCGUGGAUUGAGGAGAGAAAACGGCGGUUCCCUACGCAGGCAAGGGUCGAGGAGCGGAAGAAAGAGGAAGAAGCUCGCAAGGCAGCGAAGAAGCAAAAGGACGAGGAGAUGAGGAAGCAGAGAGAAGAAGCAAAGAAGAAACGAGAGGAAGAGAGGAAAAAGAGAGAGGCUGAAGCAGCAGAAGCAAAGAAGGCCAAAGAGAAGGAAAAGCAGCAGCAGAAGAAGGGUGAUGCUAGCGACGUGGCUGCCCGAGCGAAGAUACGAGCGGACAAGCUGCGCGAGAAGCUGGCGAGACAAGAGCGAAAGCUUGCGCAGGCCGAAGCAGCUGCCGCCAAACAGCAGGCGGCCGCCGAAGCUGAAGUUGAAGCCAGUGCUGGAGCCGGAACAGCCGCUGCAGCAGGCCAAACAGCAGCGGGAGAUCAAGCUCAAGCUCGGGUCAAGCCAGACGGAGAUGAAGCAGUGGCAUCGACUACGACGACACCUAGCCUACCAACGGCAACGGCAAUCGCACUACAACAAGAUCACACGCCAGUCGCAGCCGGCGCUACGAAGACGCUAGCCCCGGACUUGGGCAACCAAGCUUCGGGCGCUGACGACGACAGCGGAAGUGAUAGCACGACCAGCAGCGAAGGUGAAAGCGAAAGCGAAAGUGAAAGCGAGAGCGAGAGCGGCAGUGACAGUGACGGCGAAAGUGACAGCGGCAGCCAGCCGGAGCAGACAAGCUCUCGCCGCCAGGGGCCGGACAGAGUUCCUCCGCGCAGACGCUGCCACCAGUUCGCUCGGACAGGCCAGUGUCGGCACGGCAGCUCCUGCACCUUUCUACACGAGAAGAAGAACCAGGGACAGCCGAAGGAGAAGCAGCAGCAGCAGCAGCGCAAGGGGGAUAAGCCACGGGCUGGGCGAAAGAGCCUGUACGAACGGGCCGCCUCUGCUAUUAAUGAAGAUAUGCAUGGAGCAAUCUCCGAGCUAACGGGUGAUGUCUAA